AUGAAACACAAGGAGAGAAGUGCUGAUACGCCCGACAGCGUGAGGGAGCUGCGAGUGCGUCAGCCCAAGUCGAAGAAGCCGUUCUCCAAGGCCACAGACGGCGUGACCGGAUGCUGCGCGGCGCCCGGACUGUCCCCACCGUCCCGCCCGCCCCCGCCGACGACCUCCUCGACCGUGACCGUAAAGAACAAACACCCAGAAACACCUCCAAACCCGCCCGUGCCCCGCUCACCGCCGCGGCCCGAGGACGCCCUCCCGCGUCCCCUGAGUCCUGCGCCCGGAGCUCAGGCCCUGACCUCCCGCCUGCAGGGCGCCGGCGACCGCUGA